GAGGGACUGACUGUAGACGCAUCGGAUUCACGGUCGUGCGCCGAACAACUCCAGACAAGAUCGAGGGUAGGAAGACGCUUCAUUAACUCCCUGAAUAAGCUCCGAACUGCUGGAGUUUCCAAUCUGUUGAUAUACUUGGGAUGAAAGUGUGUGCACCGUUUGGCACGAGAACCAGGAGCGGACAGUAGCUGAUUAGCCGUCUAUCAAAACGAAGCGUGCACUGAAACGACUGAUCACUCCUGCCAAAUCAAACAAUCUAAGAAGCUGUUCACUUUUUACUUCUCUUUUUGAUGAGACAUGCACCUGGCACUGGACAUAUAUUUUUGGCUGUCCCAUGACUGAUAGUUCAGCUUUGUUCCUGGACACUUGUGAACAUGGAUAUAGGUCGGUAAACUUCGGACACAACUGUUAGGGUAUCACAAAUAAUCUCAGGAUUUAAGCACACUCUGUGAACUGGAAUAACAAAAAGCGUGUGGGUCAAAUUUUAAAUUUGACACAUGAUCACGACCGGAUUUGUGCACCAGCCCGAAAUCCAACACUGGAUUGACGGCCCUAAUCUCGGACAGACCCUCGUUAUACCUGUGUGCGUGUCAUCUACCCUUUAUCAGGCGUGAUUUGACCUUUUGUAAUGUCAGCAUAAGAAACUCGACCAAUAGAUGAAUGCAAUAAAACUGACACGCGCUGCCGUCUACCAAAGUGCAAGGUAGCAGCGAUUUUGGUAACACGCGUUGGCCCAGAAGCCAUCUGUGCAACAUUGCGUGACACACUUUUUUCUCAAGGCAACGCAAAAAUAUUGGAUUUAGAAGUUUACGCUGAGCCAUGGAGCCCCUCCGCGAGGACGCCUGACCCACAUGCUACUCUGUUGAAUGUGGAACGGGAACCCGGAGUACAAUCGACCGAAAGGAUCUUAUCUUCUCGUGGGUUAGCAGGUUUGGGUCUCCCCGAGUACCGUGGAAGAUGGCAGGGAGCGACGGCUCGUGGAAAUAUUACCUCUGGAUUCUGACAUUCAUGUGCAGAUACGCGUUACCAGCAGCAAAAUCACUGGAGUCUGUCGUCUGGAAUUCGCAAAAUCCAAAGUUUGUGUCGGGGAAAGGAUUGGUGAUUCACCCGGAGAUUGGGGACAAACUGGAUAUUAUCUGCCCCAAAGGGGACAUGGGGCGGCCGUAUGAGUUUUAUAAACUCUACUUGGUGAAGAAAGAGCAGGCGGAGUCCUGCAGCACCAUACUGGACCCCAAUGUACUGGUCACUUGUAACAAACCAGAGAAAGACAUCAAAUUCACCAUAAAGUUCCAGGAGUUCAGUCCAAACUACAUGGGGCUUGAGUUCAAACGCUUCACAAACUAUUACAUCACUUCGACUUCUAAUGGAACGCAGGAAGGCUUGGAAAACAGAGAAGGUGGGGUUUGUAGCACGAGAUCCAUGAAGAUCAUCAUGAAAGUGGGGCAAGAUCCAAAUGCACCAGAUCCAGAUUUAACUGACCUCCCUGAGCGGGACCAGGACAAUGAGAUCAAUGACCCCACGACAAGCCCCUCCCGCAAAAGAGACAGAGACAGAGAGCGAGAAAGAGACAUAGAGGGGAACGGAUCCAUAAUGCCUGGCAGAGACACGAGGAACUCGGAGAACAGUGCUGGUUCAGUGGAAGGGAUUUUCGGCUCUAAACCUGCUCUCUUCGCUGCCAUUGGAGCGGGCUGCAUCAUCUUCCUCCUCAUCAUCAUCAUCCUCAUCGUCUUACUCCUCAAGCUUCGCAAAAGAACCCGCAAGCACUCGCAGCCCAGGGGCGGGCCUUCCCUGUCACUUAGCACUCUGGCUACGCCUAAGGGAGCCACCGAGGCCGGCUCCGAACCGAGUGACAUCAUCAUCCCCCUGCGGACAACAGAGAAUAACUACUGUCCACACUAUGAAAAAGUGAGCGGAGACUAUGGACACCCCGUCUACAUAGUACAGGAAAUGCCCCCCCAGAGCCCCGCCAAUAUCUACUACAAAGUCUAAGAAAGAGAGAGAAGCAACCGCAAUAAGAACAUGAUUUUGUAAAGUAUCCUAAGUCUUUUAUUUCACUACCUAACCCCGUGUUUGAGAGAUGAUGGAGAAGGACAAGUGGUAAAGAGGAAUGGAAAAAGACUAUGUGGAUGAUAUGCCUCUCAAAUUUCCUUCCCGAAGACUACACUGUGUGUAUUGGUGUGUGCUGGUCUCUCUCAGAUUGUAUGAAAUGGCAGAGAAAACCCUCCACAGUAUGUGUGGCAUUCAGACAUGGACUUCACUGCAGAAGAACAGCCUUUAACCAAUCACAGAGGGAUGCUAGAUUGAUGUCACAAAGCAGGACGCACUCAUUUGUCUAUUUGUGUGUUGUUUUACAACUCUUAUUUUUAGUCUCUUAUUCAUCUAUCACAGUGCUUUUUCUGUAUCAAUCCAAUCCUUGCAGCUUUUACACAGUUUCUCUUUCAGAGUAAAAAUGUCUUAAACACUGUUAUAAACUCCACUCUCCUCUUCACACACUCAAUAUAUUCUCUCAUCUCGUUUCCUUAAGUCUCUCCAGAUACCCAUCCAUUUUACAUAAUUGCAGAGGCAAUUGAACAAAACACACACUUGCACACACAGUGCUGUUCACGGGUCAGUACCAGCAGUCUCUCAGUGGAAAAAAUGAGUGAGUGAAAUGGUGAAUUUAAAACCCAAAAACAGGGACAUAUCUAUAGUCCUUCCGACAUAGGUUCUGCUUUACUAGAUGGAUUUGAUUAAUUUCCGUUGAAAUUCUAGCAGCAGAAUACAAGUAGAUAUUAGUCUUUUGUCAGUGAUGCAUGUGAAAUGCGAAAUAAUAUUUGCAUUCUGUCAUUUAUAAUUCCUUUUUUAUUUUACAUUUUCCAAAAGUGUUUUGUAAAUCAAAAGAAAAAACAUUGUUAGGAAUUUGCCUCUACACCACAAGCCUAUGACCUCUUUUUCAGCCACAAAACAUGUUGAUGCAUGUCUUUACAUAAUUUAGUCAACUAACUUGUGUUUUUUUUUUUUUUUUGCAUAUAAUUCAUGACUCAUGGUCUGGAUGAAGACGUGGACUCUAACAGUAUGAUUGCGUGUAUGUAGAGUCCCACACAGAAGCCAAAAAUCCAUAAACAUACAAAAUGUGAUAUUAUGCCUUCACCUCUGUUCCUUUUGCUCUCAGAAAUGCACAUACAUAUUCCAUAUUAGCAUAUAAACACAACUAUUAAAAAAAAAACAUGAAUCAGCGAGCGGAAAAAGUCCACCAUAUCGUCAUAGAAAAUCUAGUGCUAGAUCUAUUUUUAUACAGACUGCACGUUAAACGGUAAACAGGAAACAGUGGUGGCAGGUGUGUUUACGCCUUUGCUAAUUUUAAAUUAGCAGCAUUUGCAUCUGGCCUCCACAACAGCCAAUCAGAGAAAGCCAAUGUUUCUUUGUAGCUUUCUCGUGUAAUACUGUAGAUGUUUUAAAAAUAAUUAUUCCAUUUAGGCUUGUUGCUGUUGUUUGUUUUUGUUUCCUAUCUUAUUUUAGUUUCUAAGGCCCGAGAUUAUGUAAAUAUAAUGUAUGUUGGGGAUUUUUUUUUUUUAUUAUAGACCCUGUUAUAGAAAAAUACAAUUAGGAUUUUUGAAAAUGCAAAAACUUUUGUAAAUAGAGUCUUUUUUGGGGAGAAAAGACAUUUUGUAUGUAAAAUGUUUCCUGUUUCAUGCUUUUCUCCCUUAUCCCCCUUAUCCCCCCUUUCGUUGGUUUUUGAUUAAGGAGACUUUUAAGUCCCUGUUGAACGGGUUUUAAAAGGUCAGCCUAAAGCAGCAAAAAGAACAAUUAACUUCUUUCACAUACACACACGUACAGAGACACACACUUUAUCCUCCCUAUUGCACAAGGGGAUGCUGGUAUUUUUGUUUAGUUUUGUUUUGUUUUAUUUUUAAGAAUGCUGUGAUAGAACCAGGUCAAAUAUUUCAUGCCAUGGUUCAUGAGAAGUGUUAUUACUCAAGAGAUACACACACACACACACACACACACACACACACACACACACACACACUGAGCGGCAGAGACACACAACAUACAUAUACAAUUAACACAGUCAUAUGCAAUACAAGCACCAGCCUUCAUGAACAUAACUAAACCAGCAACAGCCAGUGCAUCUAAACUGAAUAUUUCACAUUGUGUGUUCACCUAAGCAGGUUUUUACAGUAGAUCGGCUCUCUGUUUUAUUAAAAAAGAAGAGCACUUUUCAAAAAAUUCAUGCCUUUGUUUUACCCAUAGAAAUGCAAAGCAGGAAUGGCCUCACAAAUCGGCUCUCAUGUGUUAAUGUUCCAUUUGGAAUGUUAUGUAACCAAAAUACAAUAUAGGUACAAUGUUUACCCCAGUUUUGACAAUAACAGCAGUUUUUCCUCACAAUUUAAUUAACACAGCAUCAGCUGUGAAUUGCUGUUCCUACGGUUUUACAGCACAGUGCUGCAGUACUUUGAUCUUAUGCAGUAACUAACUCUGUGUUGAAGACAGCAGUGCUUUGUAGCACACUUAACAGCUGUAAGAUAGUAAGUCCUCUCUAUUCCAGUCGAAUUCUUCAGUCAGACACCUGUGAUGUUGUGUGCAAAGUUCUCGCAGCCAUUCGACAGCAGAACUGAGGAAAGUAGCUUUUUGACAUCUCACUGAGGUUGAAUUAUUUGAGGAGAAUGUAUUUAAAACCCAAGCAUUCACACACACACACUCCCCCUCAGGCAUAGAGGCAGAUUGGUGGCGACUUUUGACCCUUUAAGGAUUAUCACAAUAUUAUGAGAGAGACAAAUCUAAUGAGAAAACCUUUCCCUGGCCUAGAUCCAUCCACAUCUCACACAGUUCAUCCAGUCUUUCGCAAAAUGUACUUGUUCUUAAAAGGGGUCAAGUCAGUGCAGUGCUGUGAAAAAUGUUCACAGAAAAAGCUUUUGCAGUGUAAUGUUUCCUCCUGCUGUUGCUGUUUUUUUGUUUGUUUGUUUGUUUUUAUAAAUUAAAAUUAUUCAGUGAACUACAUUAUUAUUGUUAUAAUUUUCUUUUACUAAGAUUUCAGUAUUAUCGAGUUCAUUUUUGAUGUAUGUGUUGGCAGUGCUGAUGCCGCCCCUGGCAACAGCGUUUUUUUGUAGAAUACACACUGUGUCCUCAGAGUUCCUCGAUAUAUGACACUAAAGCCGAGUCUCAGCCCUCAGAAAGCAUUUUAAAAGGAUAAAUAAAG